AUGUCCUCUGGUGCGGGCCACCCGCCCGCCCACAGGAGCGUGGCCAGCAUCAGGUUGGCGCCGUCGCAGAGCCAGUCUGGGUCCUCGAAUCCCCAUACGUCUCGGAGCCCGCGCGCCAUCUCGGCCUCGUACGGCUCGCCAUCGGCGAUUCGAGCCGAAGACGACUUUGUGCUUGUCGAGAUUGGUUCGCGCUUUGUUCGGGCGGGCUUUGCCUGCGACUCUCUCCCCAAGGUCACGCUUCCCUAUGGCCCUGAGCAGCAGCGCCGGACGGGAGACUUUAGGGCGAUGCAGGACCUUGGCCCGCCGGCAACGGAUACGUGGGCUGCAGAUUACGAGAUAUGGCGAUAUGACGUACGAGAACUUGACUUGGGCCUCUUUCAAGACAAGCUGGACCGCUUGCUGAGAGAUGCAUUCACGAGAUACCUACUCAUUGACUCACGUCCGCGGAGGAUCGGUCUCAUCCUGGAUCCUGCGGUGCCGAUUCCUUUGCUUUCGACCAUCUUGGACACGUUGUUUCAUAAUUUCCAGACACCAAUGGUUUCUCUCAUGUCGUCUCCCACCAUGUCGACCGUCGCGGGCGGCGUUCGAUGUGCGCUCGUCGUCGACAUGGGAUGGGCCGAGACGGUGGUGACGAGCGUCUACGAGUACAGAGAGGUCAAGACGACACGAACGGUCCGGGGAGGCAGGUUGCUCCUCGACGGCUUACACGAUCUGCUGCGCAGUAUCUUGAACGACGGCGAAGCCGAGACCAAGCAGGGAAGAGUUUUGAGUUUUGACGAAUGCGAAGACAUUCUUUGUCGGCUCAUGUGGUGCCGGGCCUCGGCGUUCAAGUCGUUGCAGCGUCAGUCGGCACAGCUGGAUACCGUGGAAGAACAGGAUGAAUCCGAAGUGGAGACGGCAAAGCCCAGCGGCGUGGCCGAGAUUCCUCUCAGGUCUACGAGUCCGCCGUCGACGCUGCAAGUGCCCUUUGGCAAAUUGGCCGACGUUUGUGACGAAACCUACUUUGACCUCUCGGCAUCGCCAUGCACAUUUGACGACCAUGAGCUUCCAGUUCACCUGCUCAUCUAUCACCACCUGCUGCAGCUUCCCGUGGACGUCAGGGCGGUUUGCAUGUCUCGCUUGAUGAUUACGGGGGGCUGUUCGGAAAUACUGGGCAUCAAGGAACGAAUCUUUGACGAGGUGACGAGCAUUGUGGAGAGAAGGGGCUGGGCGCCCGUUUCGGGCAAGGGAGUUGAGCAGCUGCGCAACAACGCCAAGCUGCGGAAGGAGAGCGUCGCAAGGACCAGCAUUUCAUCUGCAGCGACUUCCGAGUCGGGCGGGGAUGAUGUCGACGGAACGCGAUCCGAGUCGGCCGCGACAGAGGCCUCGGACGAUCCCGUCGAGGCCAAGAUUGCGCGGAACCGCCCCGUGCCGCAGCAGAUGCAGGGCCAGCUGCGAGCAAUUCACUCGCUGGGGCCGUGGGCCGGGGCGAGCUUGGUCUGCCAGCUCAAGAUGCCGGCCAUGGCGACAAUGGACAGGGAGCAAUGGCUGCAACACGGGGCGAACGGGGCCUCUCGGCCGAGAGAGGUGGACACCAAGGCGCAGCAGCGGCAUAGCGCAGGCACAGGCGGGCUCAUCAGGAGCAGCGCAGGCCAUCAUGUAAGCUGGACUUUGGGCAUCUGGGGCUCAGUGUGA